UUAUUUACAGCCUGUCCAUUCGUGUGCUUGAAGUGUUCAUCAGCUAUUGGAGCAGCGGAAUGCACAACAAUAGAAAUUUGCGGCCCGCAUGAGGUAUGCUUUUCGGACGCAUUUUCAACGGCAUCUGGUAUACGCCGAGAAUAUGGCUGUCGAGACUCACAGAUGUGUACCAGCCAGCUUAUUGGACGACGGCGAAAUUCUCAAGAAGGCCUAUUGGCUUGCUCACAAUGUUGCCAUGGUGAUGUUUGCAAUUCCAAGCUCUGUGGAGAAACUGGCGCUCAGUCGCUGGGAGGACCAACAUGUUUCGCCUGCGACCAGCUACAAGAUCCGGAUGGCUGCAACCACAUUUGGCACUGUGGACGAGAUGAGUUGUGUGAAACACAACGGGAUGACCUUCUGA